AUGAAUUUCGACCAGAUCCUCUCUGCCAUCGGGGGAUUCGGCAAAUACCAGAAGAUUUUGUACGUAUGGAUUUGUUUACCCCAGGUCCUGCUCGCCUUCCAUAUGAUGGUGAGUAUCUUUACCGGAGCCACGCCGCCGCACCACUGCCGAGAGAGCUCGAGCUCAGCAACAGGGAAUCACUCCUCCUUCCCGGGUACAUUGAGCCUGAACUUCAGCCUCUCGGACUCCUCAUGCUUCUCCUCGGGCGUCCCGCUGCAGGGAAACCGCACUGAGCGCGUCCCAUGUGGCACCGGAUGGGUGUACAGCAUGGAGACUUUCCAGAGUACCACAGUCACCGAGUGGGACCUGGUGUGCGACAAAGCGGGACUGAACAGUGUCGGUUCAUCUAUCUACAUGUUCGGCCUGUUGGUGGGAUCUGUGGUGUUUGGAGCCAUGGCUGACAGGUACGGCCGACGUUUUGUGCUGCUGCUAUCCAUUGCUCUUCAGACUGUGUUUGGAGUCGCCGUGGCCUUUGCGCCCAACUUUCCCGUCUACGUGAUUCUUCGCUUCAUAGUUGGUGCCACAAUAUCUGGAGUGAUCAUCAAUGCCUUUGUACUGGGCACUGAGUGGACAUGCACCAAAAGGCGCAUGCUGGCUGGUAUCACCACCGACUACGCCUUUGGCCUGGGGUACAUGCUGCUAGCAGGCAUAGCGUAUCUGAUACGAGACUGGAGGAAGUUACAACUGGCUAUAUCAGCACCGGGCUUCCUGCUUAUCUUCUAUAUAUGGGUAGUUCCUCAGUCUGCCAGGUGGUUGUUGGCCAAUGACAGGAAGGAGGAAGCCAUCGCACUUCUCCGCAAGGCAGCGCUUGUUAACGGACGGGUCUUACCUCCCGCUGUACAGGUUGAGAAGUAUGAUUUCUUCAAUGGAGGGAAGCAAAAAUACUCAGCAGUGGAUCUUGUACGAACACCUCAGAUGAGAAAGAGGGCCAUCAUCUUGUUCUUUAUCUGGUUCGUGAAUGUGCUGGUGUAUUACGGCCUCUCGCUGGGUGUGUCCAGGUUAGGGACAAACCUCUAUCUGACCCAGUUUGUGUUCGGGUUGGUGGAGAUCCCGGCUCGCUCUCUAGUCCUCAUCGUGCUACCUUGCAGUCGACGCUUUUCGCAAAGCGGCUUUCUUGCCAUUGGAGGACUGGCCUGUUUGCUCAUGCUUGCUGUCCCUGCUGAUUAUCCCAGCGUCCUGAGUGGGCUCGCCAUGGUCGGGAAGUUUGGUAUAACAGCGUCUUUUGCUGUAAUAUAUGUGUACACUGCUGAGAUAUUCCCUACUGUACUACGGCAAACAGGAAUAGGGGUAUCCAGUAUGUUUGCGAGGAUGGGCGGUGUGUUGGCCCCCAUUAUCAACAUGCUUCAUAACCACAGCCCCACUAUACCUCUGGUCAUCUUCGGUACCUCCCCACUGCUGGGUGCUGUCUUGGCUCUGGCACUGCCCGAAACUGCCGGCAGACCUCUUCCUGACACAGUGGAGGACGCAGAGAACUGGGACAUGAGGUCACCAACCAACAAGGAGAACCCUGACAUGUGUGAGGAUGUUAAAGGAUCAGCCAGCAGCACAGAGGAACAGGAGCUACACCGCCUAGCAAGCCAGUGCUAACCACACAUACACACGGGCGGAAAACAUUCUGUUACUCAGACAUUAUACGACCUCGACAUAACAACCUCUAUGCAACUAUAUGAUUUUGAGCUCUAUGCAAAAAAAAAAGCCUAAAAACAACCCUAAUCCCCGACCAUACAAGCACAAACACCCCUGACACAUGCACAAAGCAGGCAUUCAUAUAUGCUGCCUGGGCAAAUCAACAGCCUCCUGUUUAACCUCUUUUAGAUGCAGGUAAACAUCCGUGUCAGUCAGGAAAAAACAGUCAUCGUUUACAAUCGUGUGCAUUUUCCACAAGUUUAACUUUAUUCCAGUUUUGAUGUUGAUUUGAUAUAUUUGACGUAUGUGGGGAGACCAUGUGAAUAGAUCCCCUUUGCAGACAAACAGGUUGCAUAUUUGUACAUAUUUAUAAACCAUCAACGCAGAGUGCAAAUUUCUAAGCCUUUGCCGAUUUGAAGAGUCAGAUUGGACAAGACUUUAUCACAUAACUUUAAAGCAACAUUGCCACCUACUCUCUAUUUCAGUACACACAUCAUGCUGAGCAGCAAGUUUUAGAACUUCAUAUUUUUCAGGACUUGAAGGAUUUAUUACAUUUUGUUCAUUUCAUAAAAGCACAUAUUUUACAAUAUUUUUGUAUAAAAGUGGACUGUGGCUGUAGACUGUGAAAUGUCUUUGUUGUAUCAUAAUGCUGUAUGGAAAAAGC